GCUCUGCUCUCCAAACCUGAGCACUUCAGGCAGAGGCGGGUUUGUGGCGAGCUGAGAAACCAAUUCUGAAGCCCGAAACCGCUGUCUAAUAAAGAGAAGCCAGCUCUCCGUUCACUCCGCUCCGUCGCUCUGGAGAAGUUCACCGUUUAGGAAACGUCUCGAGACGCGUUCGGGGGACUGGGUGGAUGCUCACGACAAAAAUCGUUUUAGGAGGUCAAAGAAACCUUGCAAUGAAUUAAAAUGCGAGUUCUAAAGAAAAACGAGAAUGAUCAAUAAUAGAAACGUCAUGCACUGCGUUAUAUAGCGGGCAAACCCAUGUGCACGGUGCGCGCUUUUGUUCAACUCAGAGGCGUGUAACGGCAGGCGGGGGAGGGAUGCCUCGUGCAUCCUCUCUGUGCGCGAGACUCAGUGAGAAACAAGAGAGACAGACCUGCAAUUGGAUCCUACACAAGUCAAUCCCACAUGUGGGUGGGCGGUGGAUUCAGAGCUGCACACCCAGGAAAGUUAGUGCAACAAAAGGUUACGGGAAAGUUGCGCACGAACACGAUUCACUCUUACACCUGAAAUCUACAUGAGCUACAGCGAUAAACCACGCUGCGUUUAAAACCCGAUUGAGCUCAGAUUAAUCUAAGUCACAAUGAUGUCAUACUUGUGGAUUUUCGUCCUUGGAAGUUUAAUCGUGACUGGAGUGAAAAUGCAAGACGAUGGAGUGGAAGGCACAGAGAAUGGCGAUCCUCCGGCAGAUGACCUCGCUCCAGAAGACUCAGCCGUUCCUUCUGAAGCUCCAGACGCUGAAGAGCCAGCUAAAGAACCCCCUGGAGAAACAUCACCUGAAGAUCCAGCACCUGGAGAAACACCUGAAGAAACACCUGAAGAAACACCUGGAGAAACACCUGGAGAUCCAGCGGAGGAGGCUGUGGAUGAGGCAGCAGAUCCUGAAGACACAGACUCAGAGUCAGACGCUGCGACAGAAGAAGCUGAAGAGACACCAGCAGCUGAAGAGGAAGCUGCUGAAGAAGGAGCAGAAGGAGCAGAAGAAGCAGAAGCUCCUGAAGCAGAUGAAGCCGAUGCAACUAAAACAGAAGCCGAUCCACCUGUUGAAGAUCCUGAAGAAGAAACCAAGCCUGGAGAAGCUUUAGAUGAUGCAGAAACAGAAGAAGACUCGACUGCUGUUCCAGAGGAACCCGUGGAACCCAAAGUGUUUGUGAAAGAUAAUGCUGCAGGAUUCGAUCUCUCUGAUGCGUUUGAAGAGGAAGCACAACCUGAGGAUCCAGUAAAGACUGAAAUGGGAGAUGCAGACACACACAAGCCAGGUCAAGGCAGAGCUCUCAGCGCUGGAGCAGUUUCUGAGCAGAACGACAGUGGAUCUGGAUCUGGUACGGUCGCUGGUGUUGUUUGUGGGAUCGCAGUAGCAGCUGUUGGUGCCAUAACGGGAUACUUCACCUAUCAGAAGAAGAAACUGUGCUUCAACGUCCAGAGAGGUGACCCUGAGAGCGUCAAAGAAGAGAACGGCACGCAGAACCACGAGGUUUUAAACACCCUCCUGAAGUCAUCUGAACACACUCCUGCAGCCGGCAGUGACCUGCCAUGAAGCUACGGUCAACUGCUUUACAUUGACAUAACCGGGAUGAACUUCACAAACACAUUCACAGCACAGAAAGUCAUUUCUACACUCACUCUGAGUUCCUGACGCACAUUCAGGUCUUUUUCAUAAUAUCUCAUCUUCACACUGCUUCGACUACAGCUCUAAACUAGCACGUAGGACUGUUAAUAAAACAUGUUUGAAUGUAAUUUCACAUCGUUUGAGUGGGACGGGAUGUGUGCGUGUAUGCAUGGGUAAUUCGACAGGCUUUUCAUUUCGUUACUUUAAAAAGUGUCGUUUGGUUUCAUUACUGUGUCAUUAAUUUAGUUUGAUGACAAAUUGUUGCCUCUGAUUCAUAAAAAGCUAAUCUCACAAUGUGGAAUGAUUCAGAUUGUGUUGUCUGACCAAAUAGAAUUCCUAGGACUUUUUAUUUCUAUUUUUUUUUAAUUCUGUAAAUAAUUGUUGUGUUUGAAUAAAGGGUGGUUACAUUUAAA